AUGGCUCCUCCAGUCCCAGGAAUUAAGGUGAAUGACAAUGGAGUUCCGGAUUUCGAUGACUUGCCUUUGAGAAAGACAGAUCCCCAUCAUUCCGCCUGGGGUCUCUACGGGGAUAAGGACGAGUUGGGCUUCCUGAAUCGCCUCACCAAUGAUCGGGUUGCCUCUGCCGCCAAAAGCGAGAUAAACACAGGGCAAAGAAUCUCUCUCAACUGGCCUCUCAAUGCACAGUCGCGCAAGCCUUUUUUUGAAAGAGCCAAGUUUCACCAGGAUAUGUUCACCAAACCACCGAGAACAGUCAAUGAUGAUGUCUGGGUAUUUAACUCGCAAGUCUCGACACAGUGGGAUGGUCUCCGCCAUUUCGGGUUUCAGAAGGAAAAGCUUUUCUACAAUGGAGUCACCAUGGAAGAAAUCCAUGGGAUUGGUGAGGAUGGGAAUAAUGCUACAGUCAAUGGCAUUCAGGCGUGGUCGGAGCAGGGUAUUGUAGGACGUGGUGUUUUAGUUGACUAUCACAGCUGGAGAGAAGCUCAGGGAGAAGUCAAGUCAAACGAUUUGUUCGCUUCGACCCCCAUUCCGUUGGAUGAUUUGAAAGCAUGUCUUCAAUCACAGGGAACAGAGCUCAAGUUCGGAGACAUUCUUUUCAUUCGCUCUGGCUUUAUGUCGGCGUACGGCAAGAAAACCGAAGAGGAGAUAUGGGAGCUCCAAGACACAACUCCACACAAGUUCGUGGGUGUCGAACAGAGCGAAGACAUGCUCAGGUGGAUUUGGGACAACUUCUCGGCUGUAGCUGGCGACCAACCUGCUUUUGAGUGUUGGCCAACGCAGAAAGACUGGCUCCUACAUGAGGUAUUGCUAGGUGGAUGGGGUUGCCCGAUCGGAGAACUCUUUGACCUCGAGAAGCUUUCAGAGCAUUGCAGGAAGGAGAAGAGGUGGACUUUCUUCGUUUCGAGUGAGCCAUGCAAUGUUCCUGGUGGCGUUGCCAGCCCUCCGAAUAUCCUCGCAAUCUUCUAG